GUCUGAACUACACGGACUGAUUGCUCUCAGUACCAGGGCUUGUAUACAUAUUUUGUCCACCCGCAUUUUUAGCAUAAAUCUUGAAAUCCACAAACCAACACUCUAUACCCCAUAUUUUUCUUAAUUUUUAGUCCACCCUGCACUAGUUCGAUUUCUCUGUCCCUGUAAGGACCAAUUCAGGUACAAAUCAGGCGAUAAGAUAAGGCCACCCAAGGUGGAGAAAAGAAGUUUGAACCCCUCAUUAAGUUUCAUGAACAUCAACAAAAGACAUCCAUUUAUACAAAAUCUUAACAUCGUCAGUAUCCGUUCUUGUCAGAUCAGUAAAACCCAAAAAUCACCAAAAUGACCGACGCAAGCACAAUCCAGACCCUCGACACCCGCAUGGGCGAGUUCCUGGCAGCCAUCGAAUCCCACCCGAUGAUGACAGGCAGCCCACCCCACCCAACAGGCUUCUAUAUCCAUGACUUCAUCCGUAACACUCACACCAAGCUAAGGAGUAUUGACGCCCAGAAACUCCAAGCGGCAGACUCUGCCACCGUCAAAGAGUUCCAGGAUAUCCGGGCCCGCAACGUGCUCGCUGAGCAACUGAUCGAGGGCAGCGGGCCGAUGGCACAGAUGAUGCUCAUGAUGGGGGGAGGUCCGCUUGACUUUGGUGAUGCGAUUAAGCAGAAGGCUCGGGCGGUUAAUUCUAUUUAAAGCUUGUAUAUGUAUUGGUUCUGGGAUCAUGGUGUGUGUGUAUGAGAUAGGAAUAGGUUUGGUAUAGAAAACUAGGGGUUUGGCUUGCCUAUGGAUGUGACUGUGUAACCAUGAUUGACUCCGUUUCAGGGUUAAUAGUGUGUGUGUAUGCAAAGAAGGGCUUAGGGGUUUUGAAUAUGCCUUUUGGCUACGUAAGAGACGGUUUGUCUCUUUUUUUACUUUUCGCUCCCUCCAGGAUACAAUGAUAUUAACAAGUAUGACACUC